ACGAAGCCGGUGGACUGGGGGUUCCCGGAGCGAGAACAUGAAGCUCAAGAGCCUGCUGCUCCGGUAUUACCCGCCAGGAAUUAUGUUGGAAUAUGAAAAGAGUGGAGAAUUAAAGACCAAAUCCAUAGAUUUGCUUGAUCUUGGUCCCAGUACUGAUGUCAAUGCCUUAGUAGAAGAGAUACAGAAAGCAGAACCUCUGAUCACAGCUUCACGAUCGGACCAAGUGAAACUUUUAAUACACAGAUUACAAGAUAAACUCGGACAGCACAGCAACCACAAAUUCUAUCUUUUUAAGGUUCUCAGAGCACAUUUACUGCCAUUGACUAAUGUUGGCCUUAAUAAAUCGGGUUCUUGCUUUAUCACAGGAAGCUAUGACCGGACAUGCAAACUCUGGGAUAGUGCAUCUGGAGAGGAGCUUCUCACCCUGGAGGGCCACAGGAAUGUGGUCUAUGCCAUAGCGUUCAACAAUCCUUAUGGUGACAAAAUUGCCACUGGGUCCUUCGAUAAGACUUGUAAACUAUGGAGUGUAGAAACUGGAAAAUGUUACCAUACCUUUAGGGGUCAUAGAGCUGAAAUAGUGUGUUUAUCAUUCAAUCCUCAAAGCACACUGGUGGCUACUGGAAGUAUGGACACAACGGCCAAACUGUGGGACAUCCAGAGGGGAGAGGAAGUGUGCACUUUAACAGGACAUUCAGCGGAAAUCAUCUCCUUGUCCUUUAACACCUCAGGAAACAGAAUCAUCACAGGGUCUUUUGAUCACACAGUUGGAGUCUGGGAUCCUGGUACUGGAAGGAAGGUGUACACCUUAAUUGGGCAUUGUGCUGAGAUUAGCAGUGCCUUAUUCAACUGGGAUUGUUCUCUGAUAUUAACUGGGUCUAUGGACAACACCUGCAUGCUGUGGGAUGCCUCAAGUGGAAAAAGUGUGGCAACAUUAACAGGCCAUGAUGAUGAAAUACUAGACUGCUGUUUUGAUUAUGCUGGAAAGCUUAUUGCAACUGCUUCAGCAGAUGGAACAGCAAGAGUUUUCAGCGCAGCCACAAGAAAAUGCAUCGCCAAAUUGGAAGGCCAUGAAGGUGAAAUUUCAAAGAUUUCUUUCAACCCCCAGGGGAAUCGUCUCCUAACUGGCAGUUCUGACAAAACAGCUAGAAUCUGGGACGCUCAGACUGGUCAGUGCCUGCAGAUUCUUCAGGGGCACAAUGACGAAAUCUUCUCUUGUGCUUUCAGCUAUCAAGGCAACAUGAUCAUUACAGGCAGCAAGGAUAAUACCUGCAGGAUAUGGCGCUGACUGAAGAGAGCUGAUGGGCAAGCAAACUUGCUGUGGUGAGCAAGAAUCGGAACUUCACAGAUAGUGAGCAAGCUAUGUUCAUAUUUCCUCUUUUCCACAAGUCAACUAUUUAUACAUUCUCUUUAGCCUCACAGAUAUUGUGACCAUUAAAACUCAGGAAGUUACAUCAUCCUUGAUAUUAUUUGAAGACGAUAACAGGAAAGAGCAUAAUGUUUAGCAAAUGUCACUAGCUAUCCCCAUUUUAUUUCUCGUACAAUCAUGAUACUGAUGAUGAAACCACAGUAAUAUAACAAUGUGUCUCCUCAAUUCCUCUU